CACCCUGCUUGGAUACUGAUAUCCAUGUGCAACCUUCAGCACCUAAAUAUGUUGCCCAUAUGUUUCCUGAAGUUUUGUACCAGCGUGUGAAGGCUAAUCAUUUAUUGUGUACAUAGAGCAUACAAGCAAGCAUUUUUAUGGCUCCUACACAUUUUUCAAGGAUGAUCACCAUUUUAGCUCUUGUGUGCUUGGGAUUAAUCUCGAAGGUUGAAGGGCAAGCUUCACAGAUGGGAGUAGAAUUUCAGGUACAGUUCCCAUACAUGCCUGAAGGCCAACCCAUUCUUAUGAUGAACUCACCCAUGCUCGACACGUUUGAUGUUUAUGUCACCGCUCCACUAUCGGACCACCCCGUUUCUGAGAGGAUAUCAAGAAGUGACACCACCACGUCUAUUGUCGCCAAAGGAAAGUUCCAGUUUGGGAUGACGGUGUUUAUGCCGGUGUCGUUCCACUCGGCUGCUAGUUUCCAGGCCAUACCAACUUCCGGUUUCGGCGCGGAGUACUAUGUUCUGGCACCAAAGACGGGGCCCUCGAUUGUACUCAUUUCUUUAGUUGAGGAAAAUGAAAUCAGCGUACGAUUUACUGAACCCAUGGAGCAGCUAGAAAGCAAAUUCACUGAUGCAUUACUCUCCACUAUCACACUCAAUAGGAAGGAGGCGUACAUCAUGCAGAACUGUACUAGAAGAACAGUCGGAGAGAAGCAUCUCGGAGCAAUCACACCAGCUAAAAUAACAGCGUUGUAUUCGUUUGGCGUUAUUGUUGGCACUUGCGAAGAAUACGAAUUUGAAUCAGAAUGUCAGAGAAAGAAUGUCAAGACCGCUGGCGGCGUAACGGCAGAAAUGCUUAUCCCCUCAAGAACUGGGGAAAAACAGUUUGUUAUACCUGUUACUAUUAACGAAGAAACACAGGUGAUAAACGUUGCUGUUGGACGUGUUUUGGAGAACUCUGAGGGAUCAAUUACUCGCAUCAACGAUGGGUUAGAUAACGACUGCGAUGGUUUUGUUGAUGAAGAAAGAGAGAUUAUAAAAGCAUGGCCCUUGGGCAUUUUGUUUCUUCCAUGGAGCCAAAACAAAGUUUUGAAGAUUUUUUUAGUCCUAGUUUUAUUUUCUUCAACUUCAACAACAACCGCCGCAGAAGUUCCACCAACGGACGAUCAGUGUGAAAGAUAUAAAGCAGAGUACCCAGAGUUGUUUGAACAAUACACACGUCCGUUAAGGGAGGAAAUAGAAAAACGUCAGCAGGAAAAUAACUGCCAACAAACCUGUGGCCCCUCCGAGAUUUGCCUCUCAAGAACCACUGUUGUAAUUGGCCUAAGCGUCUACUUCACUUUCAUUUUCUGUGCAGGAAUCUACGUGGCAAUCUUAUUAAGCCGAAGAAAUUCGUUGCUUGCUGAGCUGAUGUCCAUCGAAGCCGAAGGUGAUAAACACACGCCUCAACCUGAACAUAUGUCCGAGGACCAAGCUAAGUAGUGUAUGCUCCUUGGUUAGCAUAAUAUACCUAGAUAAUUCACAUCAACUCUUUUGGAAAAUUACAUCAUAGAACAAAAAUAUUUACAUGAACAUCAAACAUUUUUAUUUAAAAAACGCCACAAUUAUUUUAUCAACUUUACACUUCUCUUUUGAUAUAAAUAAAAAUGAAUGAUUGCAAUUUU